AUGUAUGAGGGCAAAUAUUGGGGUAUGACAGUAUCCCAGAAGGAUUUUAUUACCUAUGCUGAAUGUUUGUGGCAGUGUUAUGUUGCUGAGAAUAGUUUGAAGAGGGUUCGUGAUGAAAGAGAGCAAAACAUGUCAAGAUACAAGGAGAAAGGGAAAUCGGGUCAAUACCUGAAACCCAAAAUUUCCCCAUCCAAGAGGAAGCUACCCUAUGGUUAUCAGUUAACCCAACCUUCUCGGUGUGGCAAGUGUAGGGGAAGACAUUAUAUGAAUUGCAAGACACUUUCGAUGAGGUGUGACAAGUGUAAUGAACCCGCUCACAUGAUAAGGGAUUUCCCGGUUCGAAAUUCUCCUGAGAAGACUAAGGGUCGGGUUCACACCUUGGAUGCUCACAAAACCAAGGGGAAUACCAACCUCGUUGCUUCUAAUGUUGAUACCGUAGAAGCUCAAAAAGUCUGCAGAGACUGUUCUGUUUCCUUUAACAACCCAAAUUUCUUGAUUGAUCUCAUCUGCCUACCACUUAAGAAGAUCGAUGUAAUAUUGGGAAUGGAUUGGUUAUAUGCUAAUUCAAAAUACAUCGGGUGUAAGGAAAAGGUUAUCUUCAUUCCUGCGGAGGAAACUACCCCAAAUGACGCAGAUGGUUAUUAG